AUGAAACAUCUAUAUUUUUUGUCAACGCUUUUGUUGGCAAUCGCCACAACUGCACAAAAUUGUGCGGACAGUUCGGACCAUUUGAUUAAAGGGCGAUGCUUCAAACUGGUCAACAAACAACUCUCCUAUCAAGAUGCCCAGAAUUGGUGCCGGUACAGUAACCCAGUUGGAUUCACCUAUCUUGCAACGGUAGCUGAUCAAUAUACGGAUAAUUUUUUGGCAUCCUACGCACGCACGACUUUCAAUUCAAACGAAGGAAAUUUCUGGAUAGGUUUGACUCGCACCUCUGGCAAAUGGCAAUGGGAAGACGGAACUCCAGUUGCGUGGACUAACUUCCGAGUUCAGAACUCGCAGAAUUACGCGGCAGAGAGCAUAACUGAUGGAAAAUGGACUGGUUAUAGCCCGGAUACCAAAAUGAAUUUUGUUUGUACAUAUUGGCCGGGUGCCACACCCGGACCUACGCCAGAUGAUGGAACAACGCUACCAACUUUUGAGACUACAGUUUCUGAAGCUUAUCCAACACCAACAGGUAUAUUUGAUUGGUAA